CGGAACCAUGUUCCUAGUCGUGGUGGACGCGCACUCAAAGUGGCCAGAGGUGUUCACCAUGCAGAGCACUACGACCGAGCGCACUGUGAGGUGCCUACGUGAACUUUUCUGCAGGUUCGGAAUUCCGGAAACAAUCGUUUCAGACAACGGGCCGCAGCUGGUGUCCGAGGAAUUCCAGGUGUUCAUGAAGAACAACGGGGUCAGACACAUCGUGAGCGCCCCAUACCACCCGAGCACAAACGGCCUGGCAGAACGGUUUGUGCAGACACUGAAGUCUGCACUACGCAAGUCAUCCGCUGGUGAGUCUCUGGAAGAAGCAUUGCAACACUUUUUGCUGACGUACCGGAAUACUCCACAUUCAACAACAGGAGAGACGCCAGCAAACUUGUUGAUGGGCAGACGAUUGCGUUCCAGGUUGGAUGUAAUCAAGCCUACGGUAGAGGGGAAAGUGAUCGACAAGCAAUUUAUACAAAGUAAGCAACGGAGGACAAGCAGAAAAGAAAUCUGCCCUGGUGACAAUGUCCUAGUGCGAAAUUACAGGAGUUUGCCGAGGUGGCUACGUGGUACCGUCCUCAAGAAGACUGGUCCAGUACCUUACCAAGUCCAGGUUACCACGCCUCAAGGCAAGUUCAUCUGGCGUCGGCACCUCGAUCAACUUUUGAGCCAAACACGGCCAACGGCAACGCCGGUACCUUCGGACACCGACGACGCUGAGGGGUUCCUGGCCUUUUCACCAGGCGAGCCAAGUGUCCCGGCCACGGUACAAGAGCAUGGGCCACAGCAGCCUCACACCAUCCCGCAACGGGAUCCUGUACCUCCUACAGGCCGAUCUACUUCUGAAGGACGCUACCCACCGAGAGAACGGCGUCCGCCUGACAGAUACCAAGCUCACUCCUAA